AUGUCAAGGUAUAAAGGACGUUGCCUCACCAGCCUUUCAUUCUCUCUCUUACUCGCUCUUUUCAUCAACAACCCCACCAAUCAACCUUCAACAAACAACUUCACUCGCCAAAUGGUCAGCGCCAAGUACCUCCUCCUCGCGGCUGCCAGCUGCGUUACCGUCGCCGCCCAAGGUAGCGUCUGGUGGCACACUUGCGGCAAUUGCAAGUGCCCCCACACUGGCUCUCACGAGGGCUUCAGCGGCGUUACCGGGUGUAUCAGGCUCGGCAGCUCCAUCCGCUCGGUCGGGCUGACGCGUGUCUGGACCGGCAUCGGCUACAAAUCAACCACUUGCAGUAUUUAUUCUGACGACAACUGUAGAGACGAGAAGCAGAGUGUGGGCUCCAGUGGAACGUACUCUUGUACUGCGUUUAACCAGAACUCGGGGAGUAUGAGGUGCUACUUCAAUGUUUAA